GAUGAUGAUGAUGAUGAAAUAUCUCCCUUUCUUAAUAAUGGAGAUUUUUUUUUGCGUCGUUUGAACUUAAUUGUGGAACUUGCCAUCAAAGGAUAAGACUUUUCCUGGAUUAUGCAGAUUAUUACCUGUUUGUGCUCGAUGGGAAGACAAAUUCACUUUGUGGUUGACCCUCAGGGUUGGUUGUGCAUGGGCCUGAUUAUCUUUAUCUGGCUAUACAAUACAAUCUUAAUUCCAAAAGUCAUCCUUUUUCCUCACUAUGAAGAGGGACAUAUUUCAGUUGUGGCAAUUUUGUCUUAUUAUUUCUGCUCAUUGUUUUGCAUAGCUUCAUUACUAAGAGCCUCAGUAGCUGAUCCAGGAAAGUUACCUGAAAACCCAAAGAUACCAAUUACAGAACGAGAAUAUUGGGAAUUGUGUAACAAAUGCAAUAUGAUGAGACCAAAGCGUUCACACCAUUGCAGUCGUUGUGGGCAUUGUGUGAGGAGAAUGGAUCACCACUGUCCAUGGAUUAAUAAUUGCGUUGGUGAAGACAACCAUUGGCUAUUUUUACAGCUGUGUUUCUAUACUCAGAUACUUAGUUCUUAUACACUGAUACUUGAUUUUUGCCAUUACUACUACUUUUUGCCUCUGGAAAAAGAAAAUGGGGAUGUUUUUGUAUUUAGACAUGAACUUGCAAUCCUAAGAAUAUCUGCCUUCAUGGGUCUAAUAGUAUUAGGUGGAAUCAGUGGCCUCUUUUACACUCAGCUAAUGGGUAUUUUCACUGACACUACGAGUAUAGAAAAAAUGUCAAACUGUUGCGAAGAUAUAUCAAGGCCCCGAAAGCCAUGGCAGCAGACCUUCUCAGAAGUUUUUGGCACUCAGUGGAAGAUCCUGUGGUUUAUUCCUUUCAGGCAGAGACAACCUCCACGAAUUCCCUACCACUUUGCCAAUCAUGUCUAAACAAACGGAUGAUCAUCACGGAUGGGUCCUCCACAGGGGAAGUGCACUACAGGUUUUGUGAUAAUAAGACUGUGACAGCCUUCAAGACAAUUAAAAUGCAUCCACCAGUUGUAGGCAUCACAGUGUCCCUUAGGCUUUUUUUUAAUAGUGAUCACGAUCCUGUUCCAAGAUUAAUAAAAAUUGCAUAGGCUCACACAAUCAUUAAGGUUGGAAGAUUCCUUUUAGAUCAUUGAAUCCAACUGUUUCAGAUUAGCUUUUCAAAGGAAUUUCUUUCAUCCUUGAGAUUAAUACCAAACCAAAUGAUUGGAAUGCAGACUUAAUCUUUUUGUUUGUUACUGCCUCUUUUGAUUUGCUUGUUUGUUUGGUAGGAAACACUGAAGUUUACAUUGGUUGUUAGCUUUUCCACUAAGUGUCUUAUUCUGCCUUGAACUUUUUUAGUGUUUUUAUUAGAAGAUCUACCUAGAAAAUAUCCAUGCCUUUUUUUGGUAUGUAUGUUUAAAAUUUCCUGACACUGCCAUUUAUUUAUGGUAUGCAAUAGUAAUCCUACAGCAUCACACUAUAAAAGGUAACAUUUAAAACAGAUAGACUUCUUCCUAAAGCUUUCUUGGAGAAGUUUUUAUAAAUGCACAUAAAUUGAUGUAUUUCUAUAGAAAGAAUGUUACGUAUCACAGUUACCUUUCUGCAUAGAUAAAAUCUAACUCAGAAAAUUCCUGUCUUUCUGUCAACAAAUGUAAUUAAAUAUUCCAGGGUGAAAUGUGCAGAUGGAAAGCAUAUAUUCCCUAUAUCCUAAGGAGUUCUCUGCAAUAAUUCAACAAUGUUGUAUGGCGUAAAUACUAGAAUGAUUACCUUUUUAAAACAUAGAUUUGAUUAGUUAGCAUAAUGUACCCUGAAGAAGAGUGUAUUGUCAAUAAAGUUAUAAAUUUUGUAUUUAAUUUUGUUUAGUCAUGAUUGGCUGUAAUUGAAGGAAGUGUUUGUAUAUUGGAAAUAUAUGUGAAAAUAUUUUAAAGUAUUUAUACAUAAAUACAGAUAUUUGCUACUAUGCUGUAUAGUGAAAUAUAUUAACUGUGCCUUGUGAGCACUUUAAGUAUGGAAGUAGUUAACCAAAGAAAGCAUCCUUACAUUUGCAACUGAUAAAAUAACAACAAAUCUCAAAGCACAAGCUCAGCUCUGCUGUAUCUGGAAGAAUUAUGUAAUUUACUGUAGCCCUCUGUGUGUGUGAGUGUGUGUUUACACACACACGCACACCCCCCCCACCCUGGUAUACAAAUAUCAGCAUGAGAUGGUUUUUGAAAUUUCUGUGACUUUUCAGGACAAAAUUCACAGCUUUAAUUGUUUCAGUUAUGCUGCUUACUGUGUUUGUUGUCCAGUCUAACAGGACCGGGAUCCAACUUAAAUGAUAGCCAUGCAACAGGAUAAUAAAAAGCAUCUAAUCAGGAUGCAAUACAUGUAA